AUGGCGAAUGCCGAAGUGAGCGUCCCUGUGGGUGAUGUGGUGGUUGUACCAAGUGACGGAAACGAAGGGGAGAACCCGGAGGAUACCAAAACCCAAGUGAUCUUGCAGCUCCAGCCGGUGCAGCAAGGUUUGUUUAUGGAUGGCCGCUUUCACAACAGGAUUUACCAAGAGGGCUCCGAGGCCAGCGCCGCCGUAGUGGCCGGCGAAACCCACACCAUCCACAAGCUAGAAGAAGGGAUCGACCCCAGCACCAUUGAAACGAACGAGGAAAUCGAGAUCGCUUAUCCCAUCACCUGCGGGGAGAGCAAAGCCAUCCUGCUCUGGAAGAAGUUCGUCUGUCCGGGAAUUAAUGUCAAGUGCGUAAAGUUCAAUGACCAACUGAUCAGUCCGAAGCAUUUUGUUCACCUGGCUGGGAAGUCUACCCUAAAGGACUGGAAGAGAGCCAUUCGCCUCGGAGGAAUCAUGCUGAGGAAGAUGAUGGACUCGGGGCAAAUCGACUUCUACCAGCACGACAAAGUUUGCACCAACACCUGUCGAAGCACCAAGUUUGAUCUCCUGAUCAGCAGCGCCAGAGCACCGGUGCCGGGGCAGCAGAGUGUGGUGCAGACUCCUACAUCAGCUGACGGGAGCAUCACCCAGAUCGCGCUGUCAGAGGAGAGCAUGGAGGAGGGGAUCGAGUGGAACUCGGCUCUGACGGCUGCCGUCACCAUGGCCACUGAGGAAGGCAUGAAAAAGGACACGGAUGAGAUCUCGGAGGACACGCUGAUGUUCUGGAAAGGAAUAGCUGACGUGGGGCUGAUGGAGGAGGUUGUGUGCAACAUCCAGAAGGAGAUAGAAGAAGUCCUAAGAGGCGUCCAGCAGAGGUUGGGUCAGUCUCCCUUCCAGAUGACAGAUGCUGCCGUCUUGAACAACGUCGCCCACACGUUUGGCCUAAUGGACACAGUCAAGAAGGUUCUGGACAACAGGAAAAACCAGACGGAGCAAGGAGAGGAACAAUUUCUUUACACGCUGGCAGACCUGGAGCGGCAGCUGGAAGAGCAGAAGAAACUUGCCAAGGACCAGAAGGCGAAGUCCCAGACCAUCCAGAACGUGGUGCUGAUGCCCGUCAGCGCUCCCAAGCCCCCCAAGAGACCUCGCCUGCAGCGCCCAGCCUCCGCCACCGUCCUCAGCCCCUCCACCCCCAUCCAGCAGCCUCAGUUCACCGUCAUCUCCCCCAUCGCUAUCGCACCCGUCGGACAACAGUUCUCCGUGGGCAACAUCCCGGUGGCAACCAUUAGCCAAGGCUCCAGCCCGGUGACUGUUCAUACCUUGCCAUCUGGCUCCCAGCUCUUCCGAUACGCCACCGUGGUGUCCUCCUCCAAGACCAGCUCCUCCGACACGGUCACCCUCCACCCGUCCUCCAGCCUGGCGCUGCUGAGCUCGGCAGCCAUGCAGGACAGCGGUGCCCUGGCGAAUGUGGCGGCCGUGGUCAACCCCGUGGAACUGGUGGCCAUGGAAUCCGGCCUCACUUCCACCAUUCAAGCCGUGGAAGGCACCUCGGAUGACGGGCAGACCAUCAUAGAGAUCGACCCGGCGCCGGAUCCCGAAGCGGACACGGACGAGUCGGAGGGCAAAGCUGUGAUCCUGGAGACGGAGCUGAGGACUGAGGAGAAAGUGGUGGGAGACGUGGAGGACCAUCAGCACCAGGUCCAUAACGUGGAGAUUGUGGUCUUGGAGGACUAGUGGGGAAGGCAAGCGUCAGUUUGGGGAAGAGUUGGGAAUUUGUUUUAUUUUGGGCUUUUUUGUUAAGCAUCUUUGCCAGCCACCCCAUUUGUUUUCAUGGAUAUUUUCAUUGUACUGUAUAUUUUAUAUAUAUA